AAUUAAAGAUGACGUGAAAAGAGUGUUCUGUCACUUCCGUGUAGUCGGUCUCCAUGUACAAGUCAAUAAAUUAGGGUGCCGUGAGUCGCAAUUGUACAGCUAUCAGAUAGACAGAGUUGUUAUAACUACUGCACAAGACUGAUUUUCUUCUUCAUCUGCGCGAAACAAAAAGAUGGAACAGUCAGUAUUAUCUCUUGCAUUUAAAGGUUCUGUUAUUGAUGCAAUUUUGGAGGCCAAAAGGAAGAAAAAGCUUUUCGUAGUUUACGUAUCAGGUAACAAUCCAGAAUCAAGUAAUCUUGAGAAGUCUACAUGGCUGGACUUAAGUCUUGCAGAGGUGUUCUCAAAGUACUGCAUUUUGUUGCAAAUUUCAGAAGAAAGUGCUGAUGCCGCUAACCUGUCUGCAAUAUACCCACAGAAAUGUUCUCCCUGUAUAACAGUUAUUGGAUACAAUGGUCUACAACUGUGGCAAAAUGAGGGUUUUUGCACUGCUGAAGUCUUAACAUCCAGUCUUGAGAAGGCAUGGUUAAAUCUUCAUCUUCAGGAGACAGCAGCUGGUGUCUUGACUGCAGCACUUGCCGCACAGAAAACUGAACUACCUGUUCAGGGAAAUUCUGGUUACAAUUUACUUGGUCAAGGAACUUCCUCAACUUCAGAUACUCCAUCAACUUUGAUGGAUAAUCACAUCCCUUACCAGGAUGUCAGAACUCACAAUAAUUUUAAUACAGUAGAUAAAAAGGAGCAUCUUCCUGUCAAGAAAGUCAAUCUCGAGGUGGGUGAUAACUUAUACCCGGAACCAGUAAAUGAUCCUGGACGUGCUAAUGCUGAACAGGCUUCUUCUUCAAAUGUGAAUGAAUCACUUGAUCCGGAACCAGAAAAUAUCAUCAAUGACGACAUUGGAUGUCGUCCUGUUCAGGAGACAAACUUGAUUAGUCUACGAUCAGAGGGUAAAAGGGUCGCUUCAACAUCAGUUGAUAGGGAAUCAAAAUCUGCUGUUCAGGGUGAAAGUUCCAGUGAUAACAAGAAUGACGAUAGAGAUUUCUCUUUAGAUAAAUCUGAUGUUCAUUUGAAUAUCCGACUGCCUGACUGUACUAGUCUACAGGAAAAGUUCUCUUUAACGAGUACUUUAAGAGAGGUCAAGAAUUAUGUUGAUAAAAAACAAGAUAUCAGCUUACCUUCCUAUGAUCUAGCCAUACCGUAUCCUCGGAAAGUAUUUGGUAAUGAAGAUUUGGAUAAGACUUUUUUAGAGUUGGGUCUUUUUGAUAGGCAAGCUCUGAUAUUGAUUCCACAUAGCAAAUUUGGUGGUUACCCUAAAGAAGGAUCUAUUUUCCGGAACCAGACAAGUGAAAUUAAUAAUACAGGUUCUUCAAGUGGAAGCAGCGAAGGAUAUUUUUCAUCUCUUAGAAGGAUUAUCUCGUACAUGAACCCUUUCUCAUAUAUUGGACGUGGAACCAAUUCCCCAAGUUCAGUUCUUGAGCCUCAAAGCAGUACUUGGCAAUACAGGCCAAGUGCGACCCCACAGAAUAGCCUCAGGAAUGCUGGACCAAACCAACAUGCUUCUUCAGCGUCUAACGGAAAUAGGAAUCGUCCAACAUUCUCCGGAUUUGGAAGCAAUAUUCACACACUAAAACAUGACGAAGAUGAUAACAAAACUAGGGACAAAAAUGCUUUCUGGAAUGGGAAUUCUACACAAUAUGGUGGCGAUAGUGAUGGAAAAUGAGAUUUGAUGGCAUACUUCUAAAGGUCAUCGUCAUGUUUAUAUUUGCAGUGCAUUUUGUUUCCUUUAUCCAACUUUUGAUGACCAGCAAGUAAUUUACUGAGUGUACUGGACAACUUGUAUCAACAGCAAGGGGAUCUGUUGCUACUUCCUUUCGUGUUUUUUUUAUAAAUGACUAAAAAAUAAAUAACUUCAUUGCUUUCC